GGGUUCUGACUUGUGCUCCUUGUGUUGCAGGUGAGCGUGGCGCUGGGCUGUGCCAUGCGUGGCCGAACCGUUGCUUUUGCCAGCAUCUUUGCCGUCUGUUUGAGCCGGGCGUUUGAUCAGAUCCGUGUAUGCGCCAUCUGUGAGACCAACAUCUGCCUCGUCGGCUCCCACUGCGGGGUGUCCGUGGGUGAAGACAGCCCCACCCAGACGGCCCUGGAGGACCUGGCCAUGUUCCGAGCACUCCCCAACUGCACCGUUUUCUACCCCAGUGACGCUGUGUCCAUGGAGCAUGCUGUUUAUCUGGCCGCCAAUUCCAAGGAAAUAUGCUACAUUCGGACCAGCCAUCCGGAAACUGAAGUUAUUUAUGGCCCUAAAGAGCUCUUUAAGAUCGGACAGGCUAAGGUAGGGGCCACAGUGCACCACUGCUGAUAGCAUUUGUUCUAAAUCUCAUGCUAGGCACCCCCACAGUUGACACAUCGUUCUUUCUUUGCUCUUGCUUAAAAAAAAAAAAAAAAUCGUAGGGCCGGGGAUUUAGCUCAGUGGUGCCGCCGCCUGCCUCACAAGCGCAGGGUCCUGAGUUCGAUCCCUGGUACCAAAAAGAAAAAAACAAAUUAUGACCUUUGCCUGCUUUUCCUCAAGAUGGAAUAUUCCAGUAAUUUCAGCUUGAUGUACACUUUUCUCCUUUCCAAAUGGAGUCGCCUUUAGAACUGUUUGAGACAGGGUUUCACUAAGUUGCAGGCUGGCUGGCCUCUAACAUGCGACCCUCCUGCAUUAAGCCUGUCCCUUGUAGCUGGGACUACAGGUGUGGACCAUCAAGCCUGGCUUUUGUUGAGCUCUCACUGUAAUAAUAAUGUGAAGACCCUGGCGCGUCUUGGCUGUAAUUGGUCCCCACCUCAAGGUAAACAAAAUAAUAGAAAGCGGUCCAAGACAAGAACGGGUCCAUUGGGUCAAGAAUUUGCAGACCCGAGGCCGGUGGAAAAGAACAUGCGGCAUUGUGCCCAUGGAGGCUCAGUGCCCUGAGCCUGCCUUUGCACGUGGGGGUGUAGCCUCGCCCGCAUGCCUGCUGAGAAGACUGGCGCCCAGCCUUGAGCACCAAGACCAGGAUCCUGGCCACCCCAUCCUCUCUUCCUGUGUCUCCCUGGGCAGCCGUGCAUGGGGCAGCCAGACAAGCCCGUGGAAAAGGUUUGUGACGCUGCUCACCACCCAGACAGCCAGGCUGCGGACAGUCGGUCAGGUUUCUCUCCUGUCUUUGCCUUGGUGUAGACAAGUGUUGUGCCCUGCUUUUAUAGCACCUUCCACGCAGUUUAACGUGCCCUUGGUACUCUGCUUAACCGUGUGACAUGCUUACUGCAGUGCAUUGUUGAACGAUCUGCAGGUAACAUCCACCUUGCUCCUGAAGGGCUGGGCUGCGGCAGAGUCACAGCUCUGUACUCAGGACAGCUGUGUCUGGGCUGCGAGUGGCUGCUGCUGGCAACACUGCUGAAGAGAGCGGUGGAGAGCUCCCCUCUGUGUGAAGUCUGGGCUCUUUGUGCUCUGUGCCCCUGCCUAAACCCAAAGCCGCACCUCGGAGGGGGCAUCUGUCUCUCAGUUGCAUGGUUUGCACAGCUUUUUCCAUCUCUCUGGUCUUUUUUGCAAUACUUAGGCUUGAAUCCAGGGCCUUUGCACUGAGCUACAUCCCCAGCCCUUUUUAUUUUUUAGUUUGGGACAGGGUCUCAGUUGCCCCAGCUGGAAUUACAGGUGUGCACCGCCAUGCCCAGCUUUUUUUCCUCAAACUUUUUGGUCCCGGAAAAAGAAAGAAAAUUCCCAUUGGUAAAGAACAUGAGUUCUUUAAAGUGUAAAGGGCUGAGUUUGGCAGAGGGGACAUAGGUGUGUGUGUCAGUGCAUGUGUGUGUGCAUCCACACACACAGAUUUUGCGACACUUGGGACUGGAAGCCAGGCCUUGUGCAUGCUGGACCAUUAGAGGGUCAUCAUUUUUUUGGAGGGGUAGGACUGGGCCUCACUGUGUAGUUCAGGCUGGUCUCGAACCCGAGGUGAUCACUCUGCCUCAGCCUCCCACAUGCUGGAAUUACAGGCAUGUGCCAUCACAGCUGGCUAGAGGUCAUCUUGUCUUACAUAAGAACUUGAUAAUUUUGCACUGUAAAUCAUGAGGAGAGGUAGAUGAGUGUGUAAAACAAAUAUAAAACGAGGCUUAGCAAAAAGACAGUGUCCUGACUUUUCAAACAAAGUGUCUUAGCUGCCUUUUAUUUAUUUAUUUUUGGGGGGUACCGGGGAUCGAACUCGGGACCUUGUGCUUGCGAGGCAGGCACCGGAACCACUGAGCUAAAUCCCCAGUCCUCUUAGCUACCUUUUAACGAGUGGACUAUGAGGGAUGAGACUGCUGGUGUUGGGGAGUAGCAUGCAGCAGAGCGCCCUCCAUUUUGACACGGAACCACAGGGCUGGAGGUUUAGCUCUGUGGCACUGUACCUGCCUAGCAAGCACAGGGUCCUGAGUUCAUUUCCUGGUGCCAGAAAAAAAAAAA